AUACAACACGGGCUGUGUGUGUGUAUAUGUGUAUCUCUCGUUGUGGGGGGAGUUUUGUUAUUGUUAUUGCUUCCCGUGCUAUUGCCGGAAAAGGUACGUCCAUGUGUGUGUGUGUGUGUGUGUAUGCGUUAAAAUUUGGUCCCACUAAUAAGGCAGAUACACACAACAACAGUGCGGGUAUUCGCUUCGGUCCCAAAACACGGUCCCAGCCGCCCUGGGUCCCAGCAGCAGCACCAGCACGGACCCCGGGUUAGUGGUGGGUUAGUGGUGGGAGGAUGAAUUUUCACACAGUGAAUGAAAACGUCCCAAGAAAGUGUUUGGGCUCCCUUUUUCUUCUGACCAGCGAGAGUGUGUGUGAGUUUUCCCUUAUCUAACCGGAAAAACGGGCAGUAAAGUGUUGGCCAUAGUUGUUGGUGGAACCCCGGGUCCCGGCGCAGUUAAAACGGAGGCGAUGGAAAGGUGUGAAAAAGGACCACAGUUUAGUGAUUUGGUGCAGCUUGUUGUGUGUGGCUGUGUGUGUGGUGCAAUUUGCACCUGUGUGUCGUGAAAAAUUACAAUUACAACUUCCUUCAACAGUCUCUAAAAUUGAGUAAAGUCUUUUAAUCGAGGUGCUUAAGCAAAAACGCAAUUGUGGAAAAAACAACAUUUUCUCCCUCUGAGUGUGUGUGUAUGUGUGUUUAAAAAUUGUGCAAAAAAAGGAUUUCCGCCUACUAAUUUCCCGUCACAUAAAAUAUGAACCGUUUAACCAGCAAAUCGAUAUCGCCCACCACCAUCAGCAGUGGAUGGGAGGGUUGCACCGUUACAGACACGGCGCACGAUUGAGGCGAGGAGGCGGCAAUGUCCACCGAACGGGAACUGACUCCCGGAACAACGCAGCAGCUGCACCCACUGUCCUACUCGGAUAUGGCCACACACAUUCAACUGAACGGAGUAAUAAUGGGCAAAUCAUUCAAUGAAUCACCAUGGACUUCUUCGCCGCCAAGGCCUCCAAGUCCGUCUCAGUCGCAGACCAGCUUCGAUACACUCUCACCACCUCCAGCUGGGGCGACGGUCAACCCGACCACGGUGGCGACGACGACGGGUACGCAGGGUGCGCAGGCACUCGGUGUCGUGCCGGCCACACCGCCGGCACCGCCGGAUCUACCGGUCUUCACAUGCCCGCGCCGGCCCAACCUGGGCCGGGAGGGCCGCCCGAUCGUGCUGCGGGCCAACCACUUCCAGAUCACGAUGCCGCGCGGGUUCGUGCACCACUACGACAUUAACAUCCAGCCGGACAAGUGCCCGCGCAAGGUGAAUCGCGAAAUCAUCGAAACGAUGGUACACGCGUACAGCAAGAUGUUCGGCGCGCUGAAGCCCGUGUUCGAUGGGCGCAACAAUCUGUACACGCGCGAUCUGCUCCCGAUCGGGAACGAUCGCGUCGAGCUGGAGGUAACGCUGCCGGGCGAGGGCAAGGAUCGGGUGUUCCGCGUCACGAUCAAGUGGGUCGCGCAGGUGUCCCUGUUCAACCUGGAGGAGGCGCUCGAGGGCCGCACCCGCCAGAUACCGUACGAUGCGAUACUGGCGCUGGAUGUGGUGAUGCGCCAUCUGCCCAGCAUGACCUACACACCGGUUGGACGCAGCUUCUUCAGCUCGCCGGAUGGGUACUAUCAUCCUCUGGGCGGUGGUCGUGAGGUGUGGUUCGGUUUCCACCAGAGUGUCAGACCCUCACAGUGGAAGAUGAUGCUUAAUAUUGACGUAUCGGCUACCGCGUUCUACAAGGCGCAGCCGGUGAUUGAGUUCAUGUGCGAGGUGCUGGACAUCAGAGACAUCAACGAGCAGCGCAAACCGCUGACCGAUUCGCAGCGCGUCAAGUUCACCAAGGAAAUCAAGGGGCUCAAGAUCGAAAUCACCCACUGCGGUACGAUGCGGCGCAAGUAUCGCGUCUGCAAUGUGACGCGACGACCCGCACAAAUGCAAUCCUUCCCGUUGCAGCUAGAGAACGGCCAAACGGUCGAGUGUACGGUGGCGAAAUACUUCCUCGACAAGUACAAGAUGAAGCUGCGCUAUCCGCACCUGCCCUGCCUGCAGGUGGGCCAGGAGCACAAACACACCUACCUGCCGCUGGAGGUGUGCAACAUCGUGGCCGGCCAGCGCUGCAUCAAGAAGCUGACCGACAUGCAAACAUCGACCAUGAUCAAAGCGACUGCCCGUUCGGCACCCGAUCGGGAGCGAGAAAUCAACAAUCUGGUGCGGCGAGCCGAUUUCAACAACGACGCGUACGUGCAGGAGUUCGGUCUGACCAUCUCGAACAACAUGAUGGAGGUGCGGGGCCGUGUGCUGCCCCCGCCGAAGCUACAGUACGGUGGGCGUGUUUCCAGCAUGAGCGGACAAUUACUCUCCGGUCCACAGAACAAGGUGAGCUUAGCAUUACCAAACCAAGGGGUUUGGGAUAUGCGAGGCAAACAAUUUUUUACCGGCGUCGAGAUACGCGUGUGGGCGAUCGCCUGCUUCGCGCCCCAGCGCACCGUGCGGGAGGACGCGCUGCGCAACUUUACCCAGCAGCUGCAGAAGAUUUCGAACGACGCGGGCAUGCCGAUCAUCGGGCAGCCGUGCUUCUGCAAGUACGCGACCGGGCCGGACCAGGUGGAGCCGAUGUUUAGAUAUCUGAAGAGCACGUUCAGCCACCUGCAGCUCGUCGUGGUGGUGCUGCCCGGCAAAACGCCCGUCUACGCGGAAGUAAAGCGCGUCGGCGACACGGUGCUCGGCAUGGCGACGCAGUGUGUGCAGGCGAAGAACGUGAACAAAACGUCGCCCCAAACGCUGUCCAAUCUCUGCCUGAAGAUCAACGUGAAGCUUGGUGGAAUCAACUCGAUUCUGGUGCCAUCGAUCAGACCAAAGGUAUUCGACGAGCCGGUCAUCUUCCUCGGCGCUGACGUGACGCACCCGCCGGCCGGCGACAACAAGAAACCGUCGAUUGCGGCCGUCGUCGGCUCGAUGGAUGCGCAUCCGUCCCGGUACGCGGCGACGGUGCGCGUCCAGCAGCACCGGCAGGAGAUCAUCCAGGAGCUGAGCAGCAUGGUGCGCGAGCUGCUGAUCAUGUUCUACAAAUCGACCGGCGGGUUCAAGCCGCACCGCAUCAUCCUCUACCGGGACGGUGUGUCCGAGGGCCAGUUCCCGCACGUGCUGCAGCACGAGCUGACGGCGAUCCGCGAGGCGUGCAUCAAGCUGGAGGCCGACUACAAGCCGGGCAUCACGUUCAUCGUGGUGCAGAAGCGGCACCACACGCGGCUGUUCUGCGCGGACAAGAAGGAGCAGAGCGGCAAAUCGGGCAACAUUCCAGCCGGCACGACCGUGGACGUGGGCAUUACGCAUCCGACCGAGUUUGACUUCUACCUGUGCAGCCACCAGGGCAUUCAGGGUACGAGUCGCCCGUCCCACUACCACGUGCUCUGGGACGACAAUCACUUCGAGUCGGACGAGCUGCAGUGCCUAACGUAUCAGCUGUGCCACACGUACGUCCGGUGUACCCGAUCCGUUUCCAUUCCAGCUCCUGCCUACUACGCACAUUUGGUCGCAUUUAGGGCGAGGUACCACUUGGUCGAGAAGGAGCACGAUUCGGGCGAAGGAUCGCACCAGAGCGGUUGCUCCGAGGACAGAACGCCGGGCGCGAUGGCCCGCGCCAUUACCGUGCACGCCGACACCAAAAAGGUUAUGUACUUUGCCUAAAUGCUGGGCAAAGGCUUCAUCGGACGACACACGCACACGUACACACGCAGUUUCAGUUUGGCCGUCGUCGCCGUCCGAGCUGCUGCUGCAGUGUGCAGAGGAGAAGAAGAGGAAGGAGGAUAUGCAUCCAGAAGUCACUAAAAAAAAAACAAAAAAGGAGUACCGAAUCGAACGGCGCCAGCUUGCUCUGUUGGUGGUGAUGAUCCAGCAGCAGCAUCAUCAACAAUCAACAUCGGCAGCAACAGCAGCAACCGAAGCGGUUUUAAUCGUAAAUCAAAUUCAAUCAAUCACUAUGCUAUCGAGAUCUCUCACCCGUUUGUCAGGUGUAAUGCAAAACCCACUGAUGCUUUAAUUUUGUACCCCGGAUGAUGAUUUCGGAUGAUGUUGGCAAGCUUUUAUGCGCAAAACCCCCCCGAACACCAUGCGGGCGCGUAGUUUGCAAUGCUCUGCAGUACCAAUAUUGAGCGGAAGCAAUCGCACGAGAUACUGUAAUGUGUAGGGGGGAGUGUAGGGUAACGGAUUGUGCAAUCGUGCAGUUAUCACCUCAUUGCAUCACCACUACCCAGCGAGAUAAGUGUGUUCUAGCAAAGCGCAAGAGAGGUGUAGUAGAGUAGAGAGAACAGUCUCGUCUUUUGCAACAGAUCGUUGCAUGUUAUCGUGUGUUUUUAAAUGUUUAACGUGUCCUUAUAUUAUUUCAUAGCGUAUAUGCAAACCUUUAGUUUGUAACACGAUUCGCUUCCUUACGAGCUCUUACCAGUAGCAGAUGCUGAUGAUGAUGUUGUUGGUGUUUGCGUGUGUUUAUGUACGUAGGAAACAAACCCCAGAUUCAGUUGGGUUUGCAGUGAGCUUUACGUUUUUACGUUUCCUUUUCUUUGACAUCGUGCAACAACCAAUACAAACAACACACUAUCAAUAGACUCUUGUUGAUACACAAAAACACACACACAUACACUUUACGGUACAAUCAGUGCCCCAAUCACGUUCAACACCGCAAGAACGCGCGGUGGGGGAAGGCGACCACCAUCAUCAGUGAGACAAAUGAUGUGAAACACGUUGUAUUUAGUCGAUAAUAGUUUAGUACAAUUGUGAAAAUACAAGGGAUUUUUUUUACGUCUUAACAUCGACUGUCACACGGCUACCAAUUAUGAAUUUGCUCGUUGUGCGGCUUCGGCGGCUCUGAACCCCCGAAAUGCUCGGGUGGAGGGAUCAAAACGAGUUAAGUUUUGAGUUCGUCAAAUAAGCUGCUUUUUUUACUAUUGGUUAAAUUUACUGGAAGCAAAUAUCCAAUAUAUUAUGACAGCAUUAGUGUAGAAUGAGUACAGAAAGAGAGAUGGAGGAGAUGUAGGUGAAUAAGGUUUCUUUCUUUCUUUUGUUAGCAGUAUAUGUGGAAGAGAAGCAAGCUUUCCAUGUAUAAUUCAUUAAAUGAUAAUUUCCCACUGCUCAAAUGCAAACCAAUUUGCAACUACAACGCCAUCCGUUCGGCAAUAACACGCUGCUGGUGGUUUAAGUUUCCUCUACGAGAUCUCCCGCCCCUUCGGCGUUUGGAACAGAACAGUCUCUACCACCGCCUCCAUGAGCCCAGCCCAAGGGGUUGAUGAAUCAUUUCGCCUCUAGAGUUAUUAGUAGAUACACGCGCUUUUAUACACUAGCACAAGCUCUCAGUACUACUACUACUACUACUACUACUUACCAGUAAGCUUCCUCCGCUCUCAGCACACACACACGCCAGCGCUGUAAAAAUAGUCAAAAAGGUUUGCUCGUUUCGUGUGCUUACUAAGCGCCAUUUUGAAUAGAUUUGAUCUAAAGCGUAGCGAGCAAAAGCUCUCGAUGUGUUGUGUGGUGUGGUUUUUGGUUGUUGUCUCAUGCGAAACAUGCACCUCAACACGAGUGCCGGGAUUUAGACAGACAGUUUAAUAACACUCAAUACACCCAAACACAAUCAAUUCUUCAACUUGUUGUAAAUAAGUGUAAGGAAAACAAAAUCUCGUCUGCCGCGGGAAAGAGCAUCGAAUAUGCAGGGGGGAAAGGGGACCCCCCCCCUUUGAAUGCGCCAACGAAACAUCAUCAUCCAAACUUAAGCGGAAAAAAACUAAAGCUCUUCGGUACGGUCACUAACGAAUGGUCAAAUCAUAGAUUCUUAAGACGUAAGACGAUAAGAGGGAACUCAGCAUGAAAAAAAAACAUGAAUAAUGCUUCAUCAGACCCCCCGCAGUGGUUUCGUGGGGGAGGGGUAGCACUACCGGAAAGGUGUAAAAUAUUUAACACAAUGUAAACACAAUUCUUUUUACAAACUCUGAUCAACACAACACUAAGCUAUAGAGAGCCCCCCACACAAAACGUGGUUAUGUAGAUGAAUUUGUAGUCAAAUCCAAUCAAACCCCUCUCAAUGUAUGGAGGCUUUUAUCAAUGCAAAAUGUGUCAAAACUGUAUGUAUGUCACGGGCGGGAGUAAGAAAAGAACGGACAAAGGAACGGCGACAGCUACACAAUUUAGGGUUUGUUAGGGACAGCAGCGAGCCAGGUUCAAGAUGUGUUCUGUUCCGUAUGCAUGUAUGUGAUGGUGUGUGUAUGUGUGGAGGAUGGUGCGCAGCUGUAGUUUGCAAAUUCGGCUGCUACACUUAAUCGUAUGAUACUUAUAAGAGGUGCAAAGCGCUUGCAGCACGCGAACGAUACACAAAACCCCCUCACUUCGCCCCUUUCCCAAAAACAACCGAAUCUUACCAUUGAGCCCGAAUGAACAACCCACCCAGAGCGGAUAGAAUGCUCACUAAGAAAACAACCACGCAACAAUAAUCAGAUCGGAUCCAAUACCCAGGCGCCAGUGCCCUUUUAAAAGCCACACCCGCCCCCCAUUACGCAUUUGUUUAGUUUUGCCUGUGCAGUAGUAGCAUCAGAUUGUAUUGUCGAUUCGCACGAAGGUUUCAGUAAACGUAUGAUGAUGAGGAUGGGAACUAACCUGGCAAAAAAUGGGAAGUAAGCUUUACUCGCUCGCUCGAACCUCCUGCGCACUAGCGUGUUUAAACAUACAUUUGUAGCUCCCUUCCUUCAUACACAUUAGCAGCAGGCAACAUCAGUCCGUGCUAGUGUGCGGUCUUUAUAUAUUAGCUCUAUAUGUACGUACACUUAUAUAUUUUGCUCGCUUCACUCGGAAAGCAUCUCUAAAGUGGGGUAGGAUUUAAUGUUGACAAACAAGGAGAAAGAGUCUAGUAGCGUGAAUGGAAAACAAAACAGAUAAUGAGCAUGAUGGAUUUUAAAAUUGUGGAGUGUUUGUUUCGGUACCGAACUGUGUGGACUGGGGCUUCCUUUUUUUUAUUUAACACACCAACGCAAAGCCACCAACCAAACCAGUUCACGCACACACACAGCAGUUCGUGGGUAAAAUUCAGUUACUGAUUCAUAGCAGCAUCACCCAUUUCGCGUAUAAGCAAGAGAGGAAUGAUUCUAAUGUGAAGUAGAGUUGGACAUCGCGUGAAUAUCGCAAUAAGAAGCAUGAUCAUCAGAUGAAUUGCGUGCGGGCAAAAUGACUAGACGGAAGUAUUUAGGUCAGCAGCAUCUCGAUAAAAGCAGCAGCAGCAGCACGCAUUCGUCGAAACAUAGAGUUAUAACAAACAAACAAAAAAACACACAAGCGAGACACAUACAUAUACAUAUAUUAGUACGGCGGUCCAUGUGCCACCAGUAAGCUGAAACUUCAGACCGGGAAUUAGAUUGUAAGGAUCGUAACAAAUAAUAUGAAAAAAAGGUAUAUUAUACAUACAUUAAUUGUAAAUGAUUAAAUCUUAAAUGGCGGUCACCAAAUUGCUAAUUUUUCUCAAAACGCGAUCGCUCGCGGCGGCGGACGUGUGUUUUGGACGCACACUUCACGAGAGACGAGAGGACAUUACAUGGCUUGAAACAUUACCCCCAUCAUCAUAUCGUUCGCGUAUUGCAGGGAGAGAGAGAGAGGGGUGAUAUCGAACGGUUAGAAGGACUCCAUCAAUAGAUUAGAACUGUGUUUUCCGUUUUGUUUGUUUCUAAUUUAUAAAGCAAACAGACGAAAAAAAACUCUACCGCAACUGAGAAAGGUUUCUCCAACAAAAAAACAAACCCAAUAAAACACUGACAAAUACACCACAAGCGGUUAGGAGAUUUUGAUUUUGCAAGGCCUUUUGCAAGGGCUGACACAGGGACGAGUUGCUAAAUAUGUUUUUAGCUGUAAUUUCGAACUGCGCUUGAGCACAAAACGUGCGGCCAGCACAUGAGCAGUCCCGUAACAUUUCAUCUUCAUGAUGGAAGGCACGAGAAGUUUAAAAUCUCCCCUUCAUUUUGAAUCAUAAACUUUAACCGACCGAUGGUCAAUUCUAAUCUCUCUGUCUAAUGAUCCAAAUCACAAAACAUAAGCGAAAACAAAAAGAAUAAAGAGUGAGAGUGAAUGACCAAAAAGAAGAAAAGCACACAAACACACCCCCACACAGAACAAAAGAGUGGAAACAACUUUUUAGCAAAUUUGAAUGUGAAAAGCAGCGUUUUGUUUAACAAUUGGGCUAAAAUGAAUGAAAAAGAGUACGUAACGGUGAGUGAUGAUAGCACAUAACACGCAAUGCAACCAACACACAACACAGUGACCAAACACACAAAAAAAAAAACGUACGCGACAUGUUUUCUUUUAAAAGAAAAAAAAACAAACAAAACAAAGAAAGUGGAAAAAGAACCGCAAGACAAGUGAAAAGAAACAAAUAACUAUAUUCAACUUAUACAAGGGAUUUAUAACAUAUUAAGGUAGUCAAAAAGAAGAAGAAAAACGGAGAGGAAAGAGGAAGUGAAGAAGAAGCAAACACCUUUGCAAAAAUCGAACAUUAAAGUAUGAAAACAAUGAUCCAUUAACAGGCAAAAUUGUAUUUUAGAUAACAAAAGCAACUAAAAUAAUGAAAAAAACAGAGAGACAUGUGUUUAAGUGGCAAGAUAAAGCUAAACAAGAAGUAAAAAAACAAAAAAACUAGCAAGUAAGACGAAACAAAGCAAAGCAUAAACUUUAAAGUGUAAAGGGAAAGAAGAAGGAAGGAACACAAAACAUACAUUAAACAUGUGAGAAAGUAAGAGAAAACAAAUUGUCAAAGCACACAUUCAAAAAAAAAAAAGAAAGAGACAUCGUCA